UGUUUUGUGUUUCUUGGCUCCGGAGUGCGAACAUCGGUAAGAGCCUGCGGGCGUGAUGGAGACGGAGUCCAGCGACGGGGAGGACGGCGUCGCGAGCUGCUCUUGGGCAAAGGUGGCACUCUUGGAAGAGGACAGCGACUGGGAGAGUUUCGUGAAGCUCAGGGAGGACGGGGAGAAGAUCGCAAGUCUGGAUGUGGUGUGUCACCACGAGCACCUCUUUCUUCAGACCAACCGCAAGCGGACCCGUGACGCCGAUGACUCCGACUCGGCGCCGCGGCUGGCGCUGGCCUUCUCGGGGGGCGGGGUGCGCAGCGCCUUCGUGGCCGCGGGGGUGCUGUGGCGCCUGGCGGAAGUUGGGCGGCUCAAGGACGUGGACUACAUCUCGGGCGUCUCCGGAGGGACCUACGCCGCCACCGCCUUCGCCUCCCACGUGCUGGCGGAGACGUCGUCGCUGGGCGCGGGGCCGCCGGCGCUGGACGACUUCUACCGCCGGGCGGUGGCCAAGAUGGUGGACCGCAUGCAGCACAACACCCCAUACCUGAGCCGGGAUUUGGGGCAGGAGGUGCCGCCUGAGACGCAGCGUGGCUCGGGCUUCCUCCCUCGCUUCUGCGACAUCCCGCAGCUGGUGGUGCUGGUCUUGGCCACGGUUUUGCGCGCGCCCUGUGCGCUGGCGUGCCUGCUGGUUUUGCCCACCGUGGAAGUCAUCGAGCUGCUUUACGGGAGCGACAUGCGCUCGGAGUUCUGCCGGGAUGUCUUCAGCUCAAGAAAGCUGGUGCUGGGUGUCUUCGGCUUCAGCACCACCCAGCGCCAAGCGGAGAUCUUCCUGGGCAUCCUCUUCACCGUCUUUAUGGUGCACAUGGCCCAAGGGGUGCUGAAGCAGCACAUGGUGCAGAGAUCUGAUGCAGGCUUCAAGCGCGCGCUGUGCUGGACCUUUCUCCGUAGCUGCCUGGCUGUCCUAGUCCGACUGCUUGCUCUCUGGGUCAUGCUGACGGCCUUCAUCGAGGGGCCGGUGGCCUGGCGCCUGCAGCGCUACAGCUCCGUGCUGGGCGGCAACGAGCUGCGCUUCUGCCAGUGCGCCAAGUUCAUCCGCGAGGGUGCCGCGGCCAGCACCUGCGGCGAGGUGCUGCUGGGAUCCCACGAGUCGCCGACCUUGCAACAGCGCUGGGGCAUCUACCUGAACAGCACUGCUGCGGACUGCCAGGAGGUCUUCUCGUCCGCCGGGGAGUCGUCUGAGGACCUUGUGUCUCGCGCGGAGGGCUGGCUUUUGCACCGACCCCUGGGGGAGACCUUCCUGCCGGUCUUCCUGUUGUUCUUGGUCAGUGGUCUCUUCCUGGCGGUGCUGCUGUUGCCGAUCAUCCCCGAAUUCUUUGUGGGGGUGUUCAACCUCUUUGUGCCGGUGCUGCUGCUUUCGCUGACCUUCUUCCUGGUGCAGUUCCGAGUGUUGAGCCCCAUCACACAGGAGAAGUACUUCAGCCUGCAUCUGAAUAGCCGGCUGUGGGCCAGGGCGAUGCAGUGCUGCCUCUUCCUCGCCAUCGUCGGCCUUGGCUUCUCGCGCUUCUUCCGCACCUUCACGCACCGCUACUAUUCCCGCAGUCUGCACAGAGCAUUCUACGCAGGCGGCAAGAACUGCACGUGGUCGCAGGUGCGGCGGAACCCCUACUGCCCCAUGUUUCUGCUGGGUGCGACUGCAAAUGACUACCUGCAGGUGGGCGACGGGGAGCCGUCGAGCUACGUGACCUUCUCCCAGCUGCACGCCGGCGGCUCCCGCUUAGGCUACUUCUGGGCCUACGGCCGGCGCCCGCUGGCGCGCACCGCCGCGCUGAGCGGGGGUGCCAUCGAUGGCUUCAUCAUGGCGAAGAACGACUCUCUGAGCCUGCGCUUCUGGUUGGAGGCCUUAGGCUUCUUCAUGGGCGACUUCGUGCGCGUCGGUCGCCAGCGCAAGGAGUGGACACGCCUGGAGCAGGUUCUUUCUCUGCUGGCGAUAGAGCUGGGCUACGUCUGCCUCUUCUUCGCCAUCUCCUUGGCCGUGCCACCGGCUGACCUGGGCAGCUGCAAAACGGCGCGCCGCUUGGCCCUUGCAGCGGCGCUGCAGGCGCUGAUCGUGACUGGCCUCAGCUUCUUCAGCUUCCUUCCCUGCCUCGGUUGGAUGCAGCGCUCCCCAUAUGUGCGGACGCUGCAGCAGGCAACGCGCUUCUACUACCAGUCGCCGAGCCCACCGCGGAGUGUUUACAUCUCGGACGGGGGGGUCAUGGAGAACUCCGGGAUCUUGGCCCUGAUGCAGCGCCGCUGCAAGCGGAUCUUGGCAGUCUACGCGGGGGAGGAGAAGAAGGGCAAGGAGCUGAACUGCCUACACAAGCUGCUGAGCAAGAUGCACGAGGAGGACAUCGGCUACCUUUUUGACCUAAGUGAGCCUCGCAGGGGCCCGUUGCAUACACUCAAGGAGUGCGGGGAGAGCGGAGAGAGCUUUUUAGAGCUGGGCAUUUUCUACCACAAUGACCCGGAGACCGGCAUCCUGACGCUGGUCCGGAACAAGGUACCGCCUGAUUGGGACCAGCCAGUCUUGCAGCACCUUUCUGAGGAGGAGGUCAUGGGGCUCGCGGACCCCGAGUUGGACCUAACGCUGCCGUUAAAGCAAACGAAGCUGGGCGGCUGCUGCUGCGAUUGCUGCCACCGGCACUGCUGCAACCGCUGCAUGGGCCGCUUCCCCACGCCCCCCACGGCCAACCAGUUUCUUACGCCGCAGAUGUUCAACUCCCUUUGCCGGCUUGGUCGUGAGCUGGUCCCCUUCUCUGUCGCGCAGCGGUUGUGACCAGGGCGGGUUGGUGCCUGAGCGGCAAGACCCACUGGUGACGUGGUUGCUCCGCUUUGGGGCAAUGUGUGUUCAGGCACGUUCGGGCAUCUUGUUUCUGGUGGAUAAGGGAGGAGCUUAGGCGAGCUUAGCAUCAGACAUUGGCCGCCUCUCACGCAUGGAUCCUCCAAAUCAGCGCAGAAAGAGGACGGAGCUGCUGCGAGUUUUUUGGGGUG